UUGCCUCUCGUAUCUCAUCAACACCCAUCAUCUUCCCUCACUCUCUCUCUUUAUUCUCUCUCUAAUAGUAUUGUUCAGCUUUAAUGAGUCUUCUUCACGCUCCUUAUUUUCCCAUCCCAUGUUUCUCAAAAUUCUGACAGAAUCUCUUCCACACAAAAACAGCUGAAGAAGAAGCAAUUUAUUGUCAGAAAGGGCGAAACGAGCUUCUUCCUAAUUCUUGUUCUUCGUUUGCUUCCAUUCUCUACUAAUGGGUUCUUGCCUCAGUUCUCGUGUCAAUAAUAAGAGCAGUGGUCUCUAUGACCUUCACCUCUCGAGCUGUCAAUCAUCAUCAUCGGCGGCUCAUAAGGCAGAAGGAGAGAUACUUAGCAAGGCUAACGUUAAGAGCUUCACCUUCAACGAACUCAAACUCGCAACCAGAAACUUCAGAUCGGACACUGUUGUCGGAGAAGGCGGCUUCGGUUGUGUCUAUAGAGGCUGGAUCGAUGAAACCACUCUCUCUCCAACCAAAUCGAGCACUGGUCUUGUAAUUGCUGUCAAGCGGCUUAACCCUGAUGGUUUUCAAGGUCACCGAGAAUGGCUGACAGAGAUCAACUACUUGGGGCAGUUGAGUCACCCGAACUUAGUUAAGUUGAUUGGUUAUUGCUUGGAAGAUGAACAAAGGCUUCUUGUGUACGAGUUUAUGCACAAGGGUAGUCUGGAGGAUCAUCUGUUCACAACAGAUGAUGUGCAGUGUAAGCCACUCUCUUGGAUUCUACGGAUUAAGGUUGCACUUGAUGCAGCUAAAGGGCUAGCAUUUCUUCAUAGCGACCCUGUCAAAGUCAUAUACCGAGACAUCAAGGCCUCCAACAUCUUGCUCGACUCGGACUUUAAUGGAAAACUUUCAGACUUUGGGUUAGCGAGGGACGGUCCAAUGGGAGAAACAAGCUAUGUUAGUACAAGGGUCAUGGGGACAUUUGGUUACGCGGCUCCCGAGUAUGUGUCAACAGGUCACUUGAAUGCAAGAAGCGACGUAUACAGUUUCGGGGUUGUGCUUCUAGAAAUACUCUCUGGAAGGCGAGCAUUGGACUAUAACCGACCGGCCAAAGAGCAAAACCUUGUGGACUGGGCUCGACCUUACCUCACAAGCAGACGAAAGGUUCUACUAAUUGUGGACACUCGUCUUAACUCACAGUACAAGCCUGAAGAGGCAGUGAGAAUGGCAAGCAUUGCUGUGCAGUGCAUCUCGUCCGAACCCAAGUCACGCCCUACCAUGGACCAAGUGGUUAGAGCCUUGAUACAACUGCAGGAAAGCAUGGUUAAACCGGCGAAAGCUGAUCCGGUUAAGGAUACCAAGAAACUUGUGGGAUUGAAAACCGAAGACAAGUACCAAAAAAGCGGCUUGAACAAGAAAGCCGUUCGUUACUGACUUCCUCCUAGUUAGGUCCCAUGUCUCCUCGCGUGUGUGUAAUAUUAUGUGAAGUGUUUUUGUGACACUCGUUAUAUAGUUUUGCUCCUCAAAUACCACUGAUUUGGAGAUUGUUUUUUCGUUUGUUAAAUUGAUAGAUCGAAUAUUUUGGCGAUAUAUUAUACCAAAAUGUGGUAGUAAUCAAUU